UAAUUCACAAAACCCUAGCUUCUGUUUCUGCAUCCUGUUUCACUCUCCGUCUGGUCGAUUCGAAGUUCUUUAGCCAUGCCGCAGGGAGAUUACAUUGAGCUUCACAGGAAGAGGCAUGGAUACCGCCUCGAUCAUUUCGAGCGCAAGCGCAAGAAGGAGGCGCGUGAAGUUCACAAGCGCUCCGCCAUGGCCCAGAAGGCUCUGGGUAUAAAGGGUAAGAUGAUUGCCAAGAAAAACUAUGCUGAGAAAGCCCUCAUGAAGAAGACAUUGAAAAUGCAUGAAGAGUCAUCAAGCCGACGGAAGGUUGACGAGGAUGUUCAUGACGGAGCUGUUCCUGCCUAUUUACUUGAUCGUGAGAACACUACACGGGCCAAGGUUCUGAGCAACACCAUUAAACAGAAGAGAAAGGAGAAAGCUGGGAAAUGGGAGGUCCCUUUGCCAAAGGUCCGCCCUGUUGCUGAAGAUGAGAUGUUUAGAGUGAUCCGAUCCGGGAAGAGGAAAACCAAGCAAUGGAAGAGGAUGGUUACAAAGGCUACAUUUGUUGGACCUGGUUUCACUAGAAAACCGCCCAAGUACGAGCGUUUCAUCCGUCCAUCUGGGCUACGGUUCACCAAGGCUCAUGUCACCCACCCUGAACUAAAAUGCACUUUCUGUCUCGACAUCAUUGGGGUCAAGAAGAACCCUAAUGGUCCUAUGUAUACCUCUCUCGGUGUGAUGACUAAGGGGACAAUCAUCGAGGUCAACGUGAGCGAGCUCGGUCUUGUUACACCUGCUGGAAAAGUCGUGUGGGGGAAAUAUGCACAGGUUACGAAUAAUCCCGAGAAUGAUGGCUGUAUAAAUGCAGUUCUGCUCGUGUAAGCAAUCCCGAGAUCGAGGCUGAGAAACCCGUGCUAACCGAAGAGGGAGUGUUGUCUCGAAUCAUAGCAGAGUAUUGUCUCGAAUCAAACCUUCCUCUUACAGUUCUUCCAUGGGAGAGUAAGUGACCCUUGUUCUCUACCACAACAGCUUGCGACGAUCUGAUCGCUUACAAAAAAAAAAAAAACGUUUUAUUACAUAGUUUUUGCUGUCUUUGCAUGUCGUCACGGCCUGUAACAAUAUAUUGGCAGGAAAAAAAUUCUCGAAUUUUGGGUGUCGGCUACUGUAUGAGAUGAGAUCGAAUUGUUUAGCAGAAAAAAA